AUGGCAGCUAAUAAUCUCAAUAAACAAUAACAGCAACAUUAUAGGAAGAAAAGUCAGACUCAAUUCAAUAAGUCAGGUUCACUCUUAUCUGAGAUAAUUAACGCUGAAAAUUAAUAGCCCUAAGAUGACUAAGUCCUAAGUGUACGUUAAUUUUUACCGCCACACCAAGCCAGUGCCUCGAGAAGUAAUCUUAAAAAACCUAAAUUCAAUAAAUAAUUAAACGGAGCUAAUAGUGAUCAUGAAUUGGAACAGGACUUAGAGGUAAUGGGCAUGAAUUUAGUAAUUUCAGAUAAAGGUGAACUGAACUUAAAAGGUUAAAAAAUCUGUAUCAUUCCCAGAUCUAUAUAUCAGAUGAAAUUUGAUCGAGUUCAGCUCCUGGACAUCAGAGAAAACGAAUUAGUUAAACUUGAAGAAGAAAUCUGCAAAAACUUAUGCUAACUUAAAAAGCUUGAUGCUAGAAAAAAUAAGAUCAGGGAAAUAUCGCCUCACAUCAAAGCUAUGAUGCAACUGAAAGUAUUAAGACUCGAUUAAAAUGAAAUUCAGAGUUUGCCCGAUGAAAUUGGUCAGUUAUAAUUGCUCACUGAACUUUCUUUUUCAUGCAACAAAGUCACUGAAAUUCCUCUCUCCAUCUCAAAACUGAAGCAACUUAAAAUCCUAAACAUGUCAGAGAAUAAGAUUAAGCACUUGCCCUAAGAGCUUGGAGAACUCAGGGAAAUUAGACAUCUAUACAUUCAUGGAAACAGAUUCGCUAGUUUCCCAUGUUCUUUUGUCAAUAUAUCGCAUCAACUUGAAGAGUUAAGUCUGGAGUGGUUUAUGUACGCCAGACCCGCUAAACCUAAGCUUGUGAAAAGAAAUACUCCAGAAGGAAAUGAGCUUCUUUAAUAACUAGAAUUAUUGUGCUAACUUCUUCAAAAAUACAGCAUGACUGAAUGUGCUCUAGUUACAUUUUUAGAAAAUUACUCUGAGAGAUUAGAUAUCAAUUGCGUGGAUAAUAGAUAAAGAGCUCCUUUGCAUAAUGCAGCAAUCAAGGAAGAUAUUGGAGUAUUGGAAGGUCUUUUAGUAGCUAAGGCAAAACCAAAUAUAUUAGAUAAAGAUUACUGCACUCCUCUUUGUUUGGCCAUUCGAGAGGAUAACUUCGAUGCAGCUAUAAUACUGAUUAAUGCUGAUGUUGAUGUCAAUCUAGGAGGGGGUAUAUAUGGAAGUCCUAUGCAUUUAGCAGUAGUUAAACUAGAAGUUUGGAUUGUGAAAGAACUAAUAAAAAAGAAAGCCAAUGUUAAUAGAACUGAUAAUGAAGGAAACACUCCGCUUCAUCUAUUAAUGAAUGUUUUUUCUAAGAGUCCAUAAAAAUGUGGAUCUAUUGCAGAGCUAUUAGUAUUGAAUGGAGCUAAGGUCAACAUCAAAAAUAAUGAUAAUUAUGCUCCACUUCAUUCUGCAGUGAAGAAAGGUCAAGAAAAAGCAGUAUAAACCAUAAUUAGAAUUAACAAUAUGCUGAGAGAAAGAAAUUUAGAGCCAUUUGAUUUGAAUCUACCUGGUGGAGCAUUGCAAUUUGCAGCUGUUCAUUUGGCUGCUCAUGGUGGUUAUGUCUAGAUAGUUAAAGACUUAAUCCAGGCAGGAGCUGAUAUCUUUCUGAGAAAUCUGAAUGGUUAAUUACCUCGCCACUGUGCAAAGGGAAAUUACAUACUUACUAAAUACAUUAAGUUAUGCGAGUAAGCGAAAAUGAAAUAAUAAUAUGGAACUUAUCACAUCAACAAUUAGUAUGAGCUGCUAUCAACAGUAACACAAAAGAAAAACAAGAAUCAUGAUAAUAAUAUGGGAUAAGAUAAAAAGAAGUCAAAUAUUGAAGCAAUUGCAGAUGAAUAUCAAAUGAACUAUGAUACAUUUAUGAAUAAUAUGGCUUAGCUAAAGGUUAUGAAAGCUUUUACAGAAAUAGAUGUAGUAAAAAAAUCAAGGCAAAUAAGUGAAAUAAACAUGAAUUCAACUGUUGUUUCCUCGUUUUAACAAUAGACUUUGCACAGACAGUAGAAGUCACUCUCUUAAGAGCAUUCAAAUAGCAUGUAGCAGAGUUAGACUCCGACUGCAAAAAAUUCAUUCAAUAGAAUAGUAAUAAAUCAAUAAGACAUGUAGAAUGCUAUGAAAUCUCAAGUCUUUAAUCCCUAAGAUCUAAAGCCAGAUUCAAAAUUUACCAAACUUAACAUUAAAGCAGAAGAAAAAAAGAUUAAUCUUUUUUAUCUCAAAGAUCUGAUAGUAAAGGAAAACUCAUCUUAAUAAGAAAAACUUGAUGCAUUAUUCAAAAUAAAGAAAAAUCAGUUUAAGCAUGUAUUUAGUGCAGCAAUGAGAUCAUUACUUCCAGAAAUCGAUAGAAUUAAGGAUUAAUUUAUUUAAAGAGAAAUAAUACAAGCAGUGGGUAAUAGUUGCUAAUAUGUUUUACUUCAACCGAUGAGAGAUCUUCUUAUGAGAUCAGAUUUAGACUAAGAUUUGAUUGAAGAAAUUGAAGAUUCAAUAAAGUCAUUAGAAGUUUGUGCUAGCAAACCUAAGUCCUACAGUAUGCAAGUAAAUGUAAUAAACAACAGUAAAUCUUCAUUGAACUCAUUAAUGCAGCAGGUAAAAAAUCCUUCAAGUUUUAUAAGCCAAAAAAAUGUCGAGUCACCUGAAAAAAGCAGAAAUGUUAAUAGUUUUAAAAUGAAAGGAAUGUCAUCAUUAUCUGGAAAUACACAAAACAUGUAAUACCAUCCAAAUAUAAAUAGAAACUCAGCGGGAACACCAGCAGCUACAACUUAGAAUUACCAAAAACCUAAUUUUUUAGAAAAUAAUUAAGAAUAAGCAGGAAUAUUAAAUCAAUCUAAGUUUGGUCAUCACACUCAUCAGUAAAGUUUGAAAUUAGGUCUAACCUAGCCUUUAAACAACAAAAAGGUGAAUGGUAAUUAGAUAGGGACUACAAAGAGUUCUACACCCUAUAAUGGGAUACACCAUGAUCAUCAUAAAUUUAUUGAUGCUAACUUUUCACAGCAUAUUCCUCAGAAAGAACAUUAUCGUGUUUCUUAAAAUGGAAGGAAAAAGAUUAUUAAUAAUAAUAAGCAUUCGUCUAACUUGAAUCUUAAUAAUGGAGGGUUUUCGAAGACAUUACAAGGUUUUUAAACGACAAAUAAAUUUAACAACUAAUCUGAUAACUUAAAAAGAGAUUAAUCUCGCCCUCAAAGCAAGGAAAUCUCAAACUCUCUUGAGAGAGAAGAGGUAAUAUCAGCGGAAUAUGAUCCCACUGGCAGCUACAAUUACAAUAUAAAAUAAAGUCAUUUGUAGAGAUUUAACUAGAACAUUAGUAAUAUAGGAGGUGUUAAUAAGCAUUAGAUUGGAUCUAGAUCUCAUAGUCAAAGGAGUAGUAUAAGUAUACCAGCUAAAAAAUGA